UUUCCCACAGAUUGCAUCUCGGUCCGGAACUCCAACCUUUCCCUUGGCUGCUAGUGCAGUAGUGCUACGCAAACAAUAUGUCAAAUGAGAUAGGAAGCUCUUCAACUACAAAGGGAAGUGGAGAUUUGGCACUUGACGUCACAGCCAUGUUUGAAAGUUCGAAGCAACAAUUCUCAACUGGGGGUUUGAUCAGCGUUCCAGAUCACCUUCGCAAACUGGAUGAGCAAGCCUUCACUCCUCUGCUUAUUUCAAUUGGCCCUAUUCACCGCUCCAAUCCAAAAUUACAAACCAUGAAAAAGUGUAAAGUACAGUUUUGUGAGUGUUUCAUUCAACGGGCUAAUAUAAAGUUGCGGAAUUUAGUACACACAAUAAGAGAUAAGGAAGAAGAAAUUCGCUCUUACUAUGCAGAGACUGUUGUGUCCAGCAUAAGCAAUGAUGAUUUUGUGAAAAUGAUCCUGGUGGAUGGGAUGUUCAUUCUUGAGUUUUUGAUACAAUCUUACCUAAUUCGAGGAGGGGACGAUCCUACAAUCAGAAUUCCAAAAUGGAUGCAUCCAAUUUUGCGAUUUGACUUGGUAUUACUUGAAAAUCAACUUCCUUUUUUUGUUUUAGAGAUGCUAUUCAAGCAAGCAAACUUUCCGACUGAAUUAGGGUCAAAAGACUCAGAACCCCUUUCUUUAAUGAAACUUGCUUUUUAUUUCUGUGCAUGUUACCGCGUUCAAAUGAUGCCCCCUUGGAUUUUUGAUACGCAGAUAGAACACUUAACAGAUCUGGUUAGAUUCUUUUAUGUAUGUGGAAAACAACAACAUAGAGGACCUAGAGGGGCUAAACUGUCAUACUCUGCAACCCAGCUGCAUGAGGCAGGGGUCAAGUUUAAGGUGGCGCCCGAAGAAUAUGGUGGACACUAUAGACACUUUCUUGACAUAAGGUUCGAUUUAAAGAAUGGAGUGUUGGAAAUCCCAUGCAUUGAGUUAAAUAAUGAGAAAAUACGUCUUAUUCGAAACAUUAUUGCAUUAGAGCAAUCCCAUUAUGUAGGGGCCGCAUAUGUUACAGAUUUCUUUAUCAUCUUGGAUAUCCUUAUCAAUACUUCCAAAGAUGUAGAUUUACUUUGUGAUAAGGGAAUCCUCGUUAAUUACCUUGGCGAUAGCAACACAGCAGCAUUAGCUGUCAACAAUCUUAACAACACUAUCUUAUGGGAUUAUAUGAACUCUGAUUACUUGAAAAUAUGUGAAGAUUUGAAUGCAUUCUAUACAGAACCUUGGCAUAAAUGGAAGGCAACAUCAAUGUUGUGGCGUCAAUAUUUUAGCACUCCUUGGAUAGCUACUUCUACCUGUGCUGCUAUUAUCCUUCUUGUGUUCACAGCCAUACAAACUGGAUCAUGA